UCGGAUCUCUAAAUAAAUACAUGAACACCCCCUCAACAUUCUUAUGACCCCUUAAUUGUAUGUAACUAUGUUACAGUUACACUAACCAUACUAUUACAUUGGCACUUCACUUUGCAACUGAAAAUCAGUUCCUAUAAUCAACCAGAUGAAAGAAGCAAGUGCAUUAGGAGCAAGGACAGCACGAGCAUGUGAUAGCUGCCUUAAAGUAAGAGCAAGGUGGUAUUGUGCUGCUGAUGAUGCUUUCCUUUGCCAUGGUUGUGAUAACAUGGUUCAUUCAGCAAACCAAUUAGCAUGCAGGCAUGAAAGGGUUAGGCUUCAAACUGUAUCCUCUAAGGUCAACUACUCAUUGACCCCUCAUCAUAAGGUAGCAUGGCACAGUGGAUUCACACGCAAGGCAAGAACCCCGCGUCAUAACAGCAAGCAUUUAUGGGUGCAACAACAACAACAACAACCACCAUUACAUGAAAAAGAAGUGCUUUUCAGUAACACCAUUACCCUUCCCCUUGUGCCAGAUCUUGGAAGUGAAGAACCCCUGCUUAAUGAUGAGACUGAGGAGCAAAUGCUUUGUCGUGUGCCCGUGUUUGAUGUUGAGCUAUACAAUGAAGUGAAGGGUGAGAGAUUGAAUUUGGACACCACCAUGAACAAUGAUGCUGUGGAUGGUGAAGAAGCCUUUGAUUUGGACAACUUUUCUUCUGAGUUUCUCCCAUCAGAUAUGGAUCUUGCUGAGUUUGCUGUUGAUGUGGAAAGUUUACUUGAAAACGGGGUUGAUGAUGAUUCAUCUGGGCACGUGAAAGGAUCAUCAGAACUUGAUUGCAAAGAAGAAGAUGAGAUAGAUGCAUAUGUUAAUAGACUUGGAGCCAAAGGUACAAUGGUAAAGGUUAAAAAUGAAGAAGAAUUUGAUGCUGAAACAUCUUGUCAUUUGGAUUCAAUUCUUAACAUGAACAGUGAAUCCUUUGAUUGGAAUAUUAUUGAUUCAUCAGAAUCACCUCAACACGAAAAGGAGGAAAAGGUGGUGAGUGAAGUGGGAAAAAGGAAGGAGAUGUUUUUGAGGCUAAACUAUGAAGAGGUUAUCACUGCUUGGGACAGUCAAGGUUCAGCAUGGACAACAGGAACCCCUCCUAAGUUCGACACUCAUGAUUGCUGGCCAGAUUUCUUGGGUUCGAGUGGUGCAGAUGUUCAAUGGUGUUACGGGGAAGUAAGAGGAUUAAGGGGGCAUGCGGAUGGAGGAAGAGAAGCAAGAGUAUCAAGGUACCGAGAGAAGAGAAGAACGCGUUUAUUUGCUAAAAAGAUAAGGUAUGAAGUGAGGAAGUUGAACGCAGAGAAAAGACCAAGAAUGAAAGGUCGAUUUGUGAAGAGGACAUCAUUUGUUGGAGCCACUGCUUAACCAUCACUCACAUCAAAGUGAUCAUCAAGCGGUUAACUUUUCCAAGUUUGAUUUUAUGGAGAAGUUGGAUUAGUUACUUGGUUUUGCCAUGUAUAUAUAUAUGUACAAUAUCAUCACUAGGUCAGGUUUCUCUUGCUUGUUGGGAUAUUUCUUGCUUUCUCUAGCAGGUCUAGCUAUAGCUAGUACUAAUGGAAAUGGUAGUCCCUCUCACCAUUUUGAAGACUAUGGUAAUUGUAUUUCGGAAGCACUUUUUUAAUGUUGCUUGUGAAUUGUGAUAAUAAUUAAAUUCAGUUAUUUAUGCUGAUGCUAUUAUGAUUACCUUCACUUUUUGAGGCAACUGAUUAAGUAUAUGUUUACUAUAUAUCAAGUACUUAUAUAUCUACAAGUUAUAAAUCUGCUAGUCAUUACAAUACGAUUGUGUCCAACGGAUAGGAAGAGGAAGAAGAAGAAACGAACGGAUGAAUAGGUGUAGAAAGAUGAAAGAUCGCAUCACAUAUUUGAACAAAUUCACUAUCAAUUUUCUAAGAACAGAUAGAUGGGAAUCUGAACUUUUAUUUGAAUGGGGGUGUUGAAGUUCU